AUGUUUGGCAGAGCAAGUCUGGUGGGCAGUGCCAAGGAAGGAUACCCCUGGCUUCCUCCGAAACAGCUGCUGGCAGCUGCGCAGAGAGCCAACAGCUGGAGAGUCUCUGGACACUCACAUGAAACCCACGAGAAAUUAACAGUACAGCACCCCCCGCCCCCCUGCGGGACGAGCCCAGCCAAGUUUACCAGUCCCGCGCGUUUUAAAAGGGCCAGCAGGGCGCGGGGCGCUCCGUACCACCCGCGGUAG